CUUCUGAGAUGCGCACCCCGAUGGAAUGUGCUGCCAGCUCGAAGGAAAAGGAGCCUUGCAGCUUGUCGGCCAGUAACAGGAGACUGUCUGGAAGGAGGGGGUUAAGGGGGGCAGCAGGGAACCAGUCACUGAACUACCACUUACCAUGCCUGUCCUGCGUUCCUCCACCCGCCACCAGAGCUCCUCUUCCUCCUCCCCACAAGUAGAGUCCUCCCCACUGCAGAGGAGCCUGGGAAGUAAACACCAAGGUCUGGCCAAGUCCCCCAGUUCAUCGGUCAGUGUGGUCAGUGAUGGAAGUGACUCAGAACAGACAUCAGGGGAUAGUGACUCUUUAUCACCUGGGGAAGGCAGUGACUUUGAGGAUAGCUUGAGAUGCACUGUGAAGAAGAGAGAGGCAAAAAGGCCACUCAGAACAACCCCGGUGACUAAAAAACCUAGGAAAGGAUCCAGAGUAGUACAUGGUCAUGGACAAAAGAAGGUAGAGCCACCAAUCAGCGAUCUUUUCGAUGCCGUGAAAGCUGCUAAAGGUGACAUGCAGACUUUGGUGGAUGAAUGGCUGGAAAGCUACAAACAAGACCCAGAAGCAGGCUUCUUGGAGCUCAUUAACUUCUUCAUCCGGUCUUGUGGGUGUAAAGGCACAGUGACCACUGAGAUGUUCAAGAAGAUGUCCAACUCAGAAAUUAUCCAGCACCUAACAGAACAGUUUAAUGAGGACUCAGGAGACUAUCCUCUGACAGCUCCAGGUCCAUCCUGGAAGAAGUUUCAGGGAAGCUUCUGUGAAUUUGUGAAGACCUUGGUUUUUCAGUGCCAAUACAGCCUCCUCUACAGUGGCUUCCCUAUGGACAAUCUCAUUUCCCUGCUUACUGGCCUUUCAGACUCCCAAGUUCGAGCCUUCCGUCACACUAGCACCCUGGCUGCCAUGAAGUUAAUGACCUCCUUGGUAAGAGUUGCCCUCCAACUGAGUCUGCAUAAAGAUAACAACCAGCGUCAAUAUGAUGCUGAACGAAACAAGGGUCCUGGUCAGAGAGCACCAGAAAGGCUGGAGAGCCUGCUGGAAAAGCGAAAAGAGCUUCAAGAGCAUCAAGAGGACAUUGAGGGGAUGAUGAAUGCCCUCUUCAGGGGUGUCUUCGUACAUCGGUACAGGGAUGUUCUUCCAGAGAUCCGAGCUAUCUGCAUUGAAGAGAUUGGGACUUGGAUGCAGAGCUACAGCACCUCUUUCCUGACUGACAGCUAUUUAAAAUACAUUGGCUGGACUCUGCAUGAUAAGCAUCGAGAGGUCCGUCUCAAGUGCCUAAAGGCUCUGAAAGGACUCUACAAUAACCCAGACUUCACUGCACGCCUGGAGCUCUUCACCAGCCGCUUCAAGGACAGGAUGGUUUCCAUGGUCAUGGACAGAGAGUAUGAUGUGGCAGUGGAGGCCAUCAGGUUACUGAUACUUCUCCUGAAGAACAUGGAAGGUGUGUUGACAGAUGCAGACUGCGAGAGCAUUUACCCUGUGGUGUAUGCCUCUAACAGAGCACUGGCUUCUGCUGCGGGGGAGUUUCUGUACUGGAAGCUUUUCUACCCUGAGUGUGAGAUGAAAAUGGUGGGUGGAAGAGAGCGACACCGCAGUCCACGAGCCCAGAGAACUUUCUUCCACCUUCUGCUGUCCUUCUUUGUGGAGAGUGAGCUCCAUGACCAUGCUGCUUACCUGGUGGACAGCCUAUGGGAUUGCGCCGGGCCUCAGCUGAAAGACUGGGAGAGUCUAACAAGUCUGCUGCUAGAGAAGGACCAGAAUCUGAGUGAUGUGCAGGAAAGUACGCUGAUAGAGAUCCUUCUGUCCAGUGUACGCCAGGCUUCUGAGGCUCUCCCACCUGUCGGCCGGGUCACUGGGAGGAAGGGCUUAACCUCUAAAGAACGGAAAAUCCAAGCUGAUGACAAGGUGAAACUGACUGAGCACCUCAUACCACUGCUUCCACAGCUCCUGGCCAAGUUCUCGGCUGAUGCAGAGAAAGUGGCCCCCCUGCUUCAGCUCCUCAACUACUUUGACCUCCGCAUCUACUGCACUAGGCGAUUGGAGAAGCACCUGGAACUGCUUUUGCAGCAACUCCAGGAGGUGGUGGUGAAGCACGCAGAGCCCACAGUACUGGAAGCUGGAGCACACGCACUUUAUCUGCUCUGUAAUUCCGAGUUCACCUUCUUCAGCCGAGUAGACUUCGCCCGCAGUCAACUGAUUGACCUACUGACAGACCGCUUCCAGCAGGAACUUGAAGAGCUGCUGCAGUCGUCCUUCCUAGAUGAAGAUGAGGUGUAUAGUCUGGCAGCCACGCUGAAGCGCCUUUCUGCCUUCUACAACGCUCAUGACCUGACUCAAUGGGAGCUCUAUGAGCCAUGCUGCCAACUCCUACAAAAGGCUGUGGACACAGGAGAAGUGCCUCACCAGGUGAUCCUGCCAGCCUUGACUAUGGUUUAUUUUUCCAUCCUCUGGUCAUUAUCCCACAUUUCUGGAUCAGAUGCUUCUCAGAAACAGAUCAUAAGUUUGAAAGACAGAAUGGUGGCCUUCUGCGAGCUGUGCCAGACCUGUCUCUCAGAUGUGGAGCCCCAGAUCCAGGAGCAGGCUUUUAUCUUAUUAAGUGACCUGCUUCUCAUCUUCAGCCCUCAGAUGAUUGUAGGGGGACGGGAUUUCCUUAGGCCCCUUGUCUUUCUUCCGGAAGCUACUCUUCAGUCUGAGCUAGCCAGCUUCCUCAUGGACCAUGUCUUCAUUCAGCCUGAAGAACUGGGCAGUGGUCAUUCCCAGGAGGAUCAAGUUCAAAUAGAGCAGCUACACCAGCGCCGCCGCCUCCUGGCUGGAUUCUGUAAGCUGUUGCUUUAUGGAGUGCUGGAGAUGGAUGCAGCCUCUGAUGUUUUCAAACACUACAAUAAGUUCUACAAUGACUAUGGUGACAUUAUCAAGGAAACAUUAACACGAGUGAGGCAGAUUGACCGAAGCCACUGCUCCCGAAUUCUGCUGCUGAGCCUCAAACAGGUAUACACAGAACUGCUGCAGGAGCAGGGACCUGAGGGCCUGACUGAGCUGCCAGCUUUCAUUGAGAUGAGGGACCUGGCCCGCAGAUUUGCCUUGAGCUUCGGACCCCAGCAGCUACAAAAUCGUGACCUUGUGGUCAUGUUACACAAGGAAGGUAUCAAGUUCUCCUUGGCUGAGCCCCCUCCAGCUGGCUCAGGCCAGCCCCCAAAUAUAGCAUUUCUGGAGCUGCUGGCAGAGUUCUCCCCAAGACUCUUCCAUCAGGACAAACAACUGCUAUUGUCCUACCUAGAAAAGUGUCUACAGCGUGUUCCCCAGACAUCCGACCUUCCCUGGGGCCCUGUCUCCACUUAUUGCCACUCACUCAGCCCUGUUGAAAGCAACGUGGACACCCCGCCCCAGGCGAAGAAGAGGCGAGUUGAAGGCCCCUCCAAGAGACACAGAGAAGUCUCUCUGAACCAGGAGGAAAACCCAUCCCUGAGCAGGGUUCUGCCUGCGCCCAAGCUCACCUCCACUGCUGUGAAGAGCAGGCGGCCCCUGGUGGUGCUAGAGGAAAAGACAGCCUUACUUACCUUUCCCCUUUUCCUAUCCAUCAUUGACCCUGCUUCUGGCUGCAGCCCAUCCCAGAGCUCAAGCCUCCCAAGUCCACCUCGUUUCCCGACGCCAUUCAGCCCUUCACAGUCAGGGCUGGGCAACCAGCUGACACGCCUCAGCCUUAUGGAAGAGGAUGAAGAGGAGCUCGACAUUCAGAGCAAGUUCAGUGGAGAAUGGCAGGUCACAGACAAGCAAACAAGUGGCCAGUCUUCCUCCAGUGAGCAUGGCCUGGACCUUUUAGAUUCCACCGAGAUAAUCAUGGAGCUUCCCCAUGCCUACGUAGCAGGUGAUUCAGAGAACUUCAGCUAUGUCUGCAAUGAUGCCAAGGAGAGAGCUGGGUGCAGGUCUAGAUCAGAGCUCUCCUUCCUGGAAGAUUCCCCAUUUUGCCCUGCCCAGAAAAAGGCCCUGAGCCGCUAG